AUGGCUCCACGAUCUCGUCGUCCUAAACCACAAACUCAACAAGUGAAAGACACCGACGCCGCCGUAAAUGAAGCCUUGCUCGCACACGCCGAUUUCACACGGUCCGCUAAACUGUGGCUUAGUGCUGCUCUUGGUGGUGAUCAAGAUGGUGCUAAUGAUCACAACGAAAAUCAACCAACGUCGAAGCCGGAGGUAGGAGAAAAUCCAAAGACGGAAGAUAAAUUGAACAGCCUCAAACCUGCAGGUGAAGAGUUUAAUUCAGACAUGAAUGGACUGGGCUACAUCCCACCCAAAGACUCCAGCGGUCGUCCGGUCACGACAUCCUCAAAUGACCCCACAACCGCAUUCCUUCGCAAACAACUCCUCGGUUGGACUCGACCUCAACAUCCUCCAUCAAAUGGACAAACGAACCGUCCAAAGGCCAGUGGAUCCGUGAGAAAGGACGACAGUGACGAAGAAGAUUCACGUUCUCGACGAAGCAAGGGGAAGCAACCGCCGAGAAAAUCUGCACCAGCUGCAAGCCCUUUGGAGACCGAUGAUGGCACACCUACAGGGAUCACAAAUCGUUCGGAUGAGAUGGACAAAGAAGAACAGCCUGAACCACGGCUAAACUCGCCAGGGCCUAUAACGACUCAUGAUGCGGAACCUUCUCAUCUUCCCACAAAAAAACCAACAAAACGGCCAGCGAGCUACUUGGACCAAGUCCUCGCCGAACGUGAGAGGAAGAAGAAUAAGAAAAAGAAAAAGUGA